UCCAUGGCCUCCAUUCACAGCUUGCCGAAUGAGCUCCUCCUCGCUGUCUUUCACUAUCUCGUACAAGACGCCCUUUGUGAUGGCCCAACCUUCGCCCUCACGCGCUACACGAAGAUGCCCUUGCGCGUCGACACGAGCCAGCUCAUAGCGAUCACGCACGUCUGCCACCGUUGGCGUUCGGUCGCCACCACGUAUCCGCGUUUCUGGACCCGUGUCGACGGCCACCACGCGACACAGAUUGUCGAGUUCCGAGCCAGAUCCCUUUCUCUGCCUCUGUCUCUUUACCUCGACUCUCGGGAACCCGCGACAGUAUCCCUCCCGGCCCUGGGCCAUCGACAGUUCCAGCUCAACCUCUACACACUCCUCUUAGUAUGGCGGAAAACAGUCCGUCGUCUCGACAUGGUUGAGCGUGUCUACCCUGCAUCGCCCGAUCCUCCGGACUGGCUCGUCUCUCUCAGUAUGCCAACCCUUCAAGUCCUUAACCUCGCGGUUGUGGUCGACGAAGAACCGGACGACCUCCAUCUGCGAAGGAUCGUCUUGCUUGGGGAUCCUGUUUCGUCGCUCAAGGCGCUGGCUGUGUCAGGCAUCACCGCGUGGACCCCAGCCAAUCACUUUCCGAGUCUUACUCAUCUCUACCUCUCCUUCGACUACGUUAGCGGGAUCACGUCCAGCGAUAUCCUUUCCGUCCUCGCCAACACUCCUUGUCUGGAGUAUCUUCACUUUCGCUGGCUCCAAUACUUCCCCGACCUCCAUGGUAUCGUCGGCCUCACCAUCCUCCCGCCCCCAGUCCGACUCCCUCGUCUCCGCUCGCUGCUGCUUACCGACUGCGCGGACGACUUUAUUCGUCUCUUCAAACUACUCGAACUUCCUUCCCAUGUCCCCAUCCGUUUGCACAACUCGCAGAUAUGCUCCGUCGAC